ACUUUGGACCUCUUUGGAGCCAAAUAAGGAGGCUGGGCCUGGCAGCAGCAGCAAGCCACAAGUCAAAUCCCGUCCGUUAACCUCUGCACUCUAACCUCGCUUGCUUCUGAGGAGUCUCGAAGCCAAGCCGUUACGACUUUUUCAUUUUGACACAUCCACUCCGGAAUCCCACCACCGAUCUCGUGUGCAAUUUUGCAGACUGCUUUUGGCCCUUGGACGCUAGAGUCUAAUUCAAAACUAGGCUAUCCACCUACAAAUCCAACUCUCGCAUCUCCAAGAGCGUUCCCGAGUCCGCACUCUAAACGCAAAACACAAUGGGUCUCUCGCGUGCCUUUGGCUGCUUCCAAGAUCCCGAAGCGCGGGCUCUGAAAAAGCAAAAGAAAGCAGGAAAGCGGAAUCGCAAUGAGGAAGUGCGACCUAACAGAGUAAUCGCAGCAACUACGAGAGGUGACCACGCUGAGAUUGAGAUGCGAAGUCUGCCUGACCAGUCACCCUUACCGGCCAACAGCACCACGCGAAAUUUUAAACUCCCACCUUCAGCACCAGAAAGCGAUGAACCAGAGCCCUGGAGCGUAGGCGCAGUCAUUCGUCGCACAUCGCUACUUCAAGCCAGGCUUGAUGAAGCGGCCAACGAAAGGAAGAAGACUGACGAGAAGGUGGAUAUACCAGCUUCAAAGGCAAGGCGUCAAGCUAAGGUGGAGGAAGAUGUGGAGAUCCCGGCGAUAGAGACGAGGCCUAAAGUCAUUGCGGAGAAAAAAGAAGACUGGGAAACGAGCACGGGAAAGGUCACCGCGAGCCUAAAUAUGAAGGGCAUUGGGGAUGGAAGUGGAGAAGGAAGCGGAGUUCGUGCCACCAUGAUGUUUGGUAUACCAACAACGAAAAAGGAACUGGAAGUGGACCUCGGAGCUAUAGAAGAAGAGGCAGAGAUCAGGAAGGUCACGGAAGAGAACAACGCACUUGCGGCAAAAGGAGCCCAUAAGUAUAGUGGGGCAAUAAAUUGGAAUCCUUCGUAUAGUCAGAAAGCGACCCCGAUGCCAUUACGUGGCAAGUAUACGAAAAAUAGCGGUUGGGGGUGGUCUGGGACGAGCGGGUCAAAUGGAUCUCCGAUGGAUGAGCCGUACUAUGAUUAUGGAAUUGGUGUGUCGAAUGGCUCAGCGAAAUCAGCUGUUGGGAGCAAUCCAUAUGGUGCACCGUAUGGUUAUGGUCGGAGGAAAAGCUCUCACUACGCUUAUGUGUCUGGUCCAGCCAAUUAAUGAGAUAGGAUGUCGGAGACGUGGUAGGACUUGGAAGUUCAGUCGGGGAAUGGGUAUAAAGUCGAAGGGGGAGAUCUGGGAAUAUCCUAGGAGGAGAUUUGAUGAGGUAGUGGAUAGGUUCGUUCCAUGAUUCCAAGCACAAGACAGCCAUAUGGCUCUAAAUACUCUUUCUCACCUGGAAAGUCCUCACUGCCUUCCCUAGUAACCGUCAAAGGAACGGGAAGCCCAGUACAUAUGAUGCUUUAAUGAAGGCGAUCAUGGAGCUUUCAGAUGAGCUGGGAGUGAUCAGUU